GCGUGCGCAGUGCUCCCGGACUGUGCCUGUCGGAGGAGAACGGGGUUCCGCGCGGGAAUUCGCGCCUGGAGGUAUUCGGCGGGGGACGGCGGGAGCGACGGAAGCGGUGGGGGAGCCGGGACUCGCGCCUGCGCAGUGGGGAUGAGCCGCUGAGUUUUCCGGACCGCGGUGGGGUUCACGGGGAGCACUUGGGAGGCGGACCGCGGUGGGGUUCACGGGGAGCACUUGGGAGGAGUCGGCUCCGCCACCUUUCCCAAAACCUCGUGAGCUCGCACGUGUCACCCAUUGGUCCUGUCGAGUCUGUGGCAGUGCUUCCCGAUGAACCUUUGAAGGGUUUGUGUCCUAGCUCCCCAGCGGAUAAGCCACAAGUGCUUAGAAACUAACUAGAGUUGAUUCACUCAGGAAAAGAUAAUUUUAUAUAGGCCGGCUACCACUCAGCGUUAGCCACUGGAUAGAAUGGCGGAGUGUGGAAUCCCAGAGCCCUUUAUCUUCUUUUUCUCUUGGUUAUCUCCGGGGUAAGGCAUGAAUUAGAAAUACCGUCUCUGUGUAAAGUCCAUGUACGCUGACUACUGAUAGAUGCAAUGAUGCCAUCUUUGAUGACGACCAGUGCUUUGAUUAGGAUCUAGCAGGAAACACGAACUCCCCAGUUUCACGUGAACAUUGUACAGUUACAGUUUUGGUUUUUUAAAGAUUACUUAUUUAUUUUAUAUAUAUGAGUAUACUGUGGCUGUACUGAUGGUUGUGAACCAUCAUGUCGUUUCUGGGACUUUGAAUUCAGAACCUUUACUUGCUCCGGAGGAUCCUGCUCGCUCCAGCCUAAAGGUUUAUUUAUUAUUAUAUUCUCACUGUUAGAGUUGCAGCUGAUGACCUGAGGUGAUGAGAAGGUUUUUGUUACUUUAUGCUACACAGCGAGGACAGGCAAAGGCCAUAGCAGAAGAAAUAAGUGAGCAGGCUGUGUCACACGGGUUUUCCGCAGAUCUUCACUGUAUCAGUGAGUCAGAAAAGUAUGAUCUGAAAACAGAAACUGGCCCUCUGGUGAUGGUUGUAUCUACCACGGGUACAGGAGACCCACCUGACACAGCCCGGAAGUUUGUUAAAGAAAUACACAACAAGACACUCCCCACGGACUAUUUUGCUCACCUGCAAUAUGGAUUAUUGGGCUUGGGUGACUCAGAAUACACAUACUUCUGCAAUGGAGGGAAAGUAAUUGAUAAACGACUUCAGGAGCUUGGAGCCCAGCGUUUCUACGACACCGGACAUGCCGAUGACUGUGUCGGUUUAGAGCUUGUGGUAGAGCCGUGGAUUGAUGGACUCUGGGCUGCUCUCACAAAGCACUUUAAGUCACUCGGAGGACAAGAAAACAUGAGUGACACACUCUCACGAGCAUCAGAUGCCCCCUUGAGCACUGCCAUGAAGCCGGAGUUGUUGCACAUCCAGUCACAAGUUGAACUGCUGAGAUUAGAGGACAUGGGGGAAAGGGAUUCUGAGCUUCGGGAACAAAAUGAGACAAACAGGGGUCAGCAGGGUCGGAUCGAAGACUUUGACUCCUCGCUUGUGCACUCGGUCCCCCCACUCUCCCAGAGCUCUCUAAGUAUUCCUGCUGUGCCCCCAGAGUAUUUGGAGGUCCAUCUUCAAGAGUCUCUUGGCCAGGAGGAAAACCAAGCAUCUGUGCCUUCAGGGGAUCCAAGUUUUCAAGUUCCAAUUUCAAAAGCCAUUCGGCUGACUACAAAUGAUGCCGUAAAGAGCACUCUGCUGUUGGAACUGGACAUUUCAAAAAUAGAGUUUUCCCAUCAACCUGGAGACUCCUUCAAUGUGACCUGUCCAAACAGUGAUCGUGAGGUAGAAGAACUGCUCCAAAGGCUGCAGCUGGCUGAUAAACGAGCUCACCGUGUCAUCUUGAAAAUUAAGACGGACACUAAGAAGAAAGGAGCUGCCCUGCCUGCGCAUGUGCCUGAGGGGCGUUCUCUCCAGUUCAUCCUCACCUGGUGUCUUGAAAUACGAGCAGUUCCUAAAAAGGCCUUUUUGCGGGCCCUUGCCGAGCACACCAGCAGUGCCACUGAAAAGCGGAGGCUGCAGGAGCUGUGCAGUAAACAAGGAGCCGCUGAUUACAACCGCUUCAUCCGAGAUGCCAGCGUCUGCCUGCUGGACCUCCUGCUCACCUUCCCGUCCUGCCAGCCUCCGCUCAGCCUACUGCUGGAGCACCUUCCUAAACUUCAGCCUCGACCGUACUCAUGUGCAAGCUCCAGCUUACGUCACCCAGACAAGCUUCACUUCGUGUUUAACAUCGUGGAGUUCCCACCUAGCACCACUGCAGCCUCCCUGAGGAAGGGAGUGUGCACGGGCUGGCUAGCCACAUUGGUUGCUCCAUUCCUUCAGCCAAACACAGACGUUUCGAAUGUAGACAGUGGUGACGCUCUGGCUCCUGAGAUACGUAUCUCUCCUCGGGCAACAAACGCUUUCCACUUACCAGAGGACCCGUCGGCCCCCAUCAUAAUGGUGGGUCCAGGAACUGGCGUAGCCCCCUUUGUUGGCUUCCUCCAGCACAGAGAAAAACUUCAAGAACAACACCCAGAUGGGAAAUUUGGAGCUAUGUGGCUGUUCUUUGGCUGCAGACACAAGGACAGAGACUACUUGUUCAGGGAGGAGCUCAGGCAUUUCCUCAAGACUGGGGUCUUGACUCAUCUGAAGGUCUCGUUCUCAAGAGACGCUGCCCCUGACGGGGAGGAGGCCCCAGCAAAGUAUGUGCAAGACAACCUCCAGCGGCACAGCCAGCAGGUGGCCAGGACCCUCCUUCAGGAGAAUGGCUACGUUUACGUGUGUGGAGACGCCAAGAAUAUGGCCAAGGACGUGAACGACACCCUCAUAGGAAUCAUAAGCAAUGAAGCUGGUGUUGACAAACUAGAAGCAAUGAAGACGCUGGCAACGUUAAAGCAAGAGAAACGAUAUCUGCAGGACAUCUGGUCCUAAACUGGAACAGAGACGCUUGGAAUUUGUUUUUGUUUUUGUUUGUUUGUUUGUUUUUUCUUGAAGUGCCAAAGGUCAAUUUUACAGAAGAUGAGUUUAAAAAUGUUUGGACAUUUCUUGGAGGUGGCUGUGUGGGGAACGGCUUGCUUACAGGUACAGCAGGUACAACCGCCUGACAGUCUCACAGGUUGUAUCCCACUCCUUACCUGUGGCCCCACCCAGCACAUCACUACGUGGAGGGGAAAGAGGCAGCUCCCACCUGGCACCCAUUGCACAUAGGCUCCCCAGGAGGACAGAUCAUCAUCCACGGCUCACCUGUGCCUGGGCACAUCUUGGAGAGCUUGUGGACAUACUAUCUUUCAAUGAAGUAUAUUCAAAGGAUAUUUAUAUUGGUGAUAUUUAAAUUAACACAGACAUGCAAAGCAUUCUUUUGCAUGUCUUUAUUUAAUUGUGGUUUUAUUAUCAAAAUUAUAUUUCUGAUAAAAUAUUUUAAUUUUGAGGUAAUCCUUACAAAAUGAAGGUUUUCAUGCAACUAGAAAUAUAUUUUGAAAUAUAUUUGAUAUAGUACUCUGCCAUUUUCAUCAUGUUAACUUUCAGUGUCACCAUCUUACAGCUUAGGGGCAUUUGCAUUCCCCUGACAAAGGUAUCAUGUGUACAGCUCAGUAGUGUGCCCUGUCCUUCUCAUGGACUCCAUUCAUGUCUGCUCCUCACUAACAGACUUGGGUUUUCCCAAUACCUGACUAUACUUUUGUGAUUCAGUUCAGCUUAAAGAACGCCAGUUAGGCCGGGCGUGGUGGCGCACGUCUUUAAUCCCAGCACUUGGGAGGCAGGCAGAGAUAGGCGGAUUUCUGAGUUUGAGGCCAGCCUGGUCUACAGAGUGAGUUCGAGGACAACCAGGGCUACACAGAGAAACCCUGUCUCGAAAACCAAAAACAAAAAAAAAGAACUCCAGUUAAGACUUCUAAUACCAAAUUCUCUUGCAAGUUAUGAAAAUAAAGUAUAUAAAAGGAUCCUGUGCUAUUGUGUGCGUGGUUGCUGAGACAAAAACUGGGACAAAGCAACUUACAGAGGGUAUUUUAGCUCAGUUCAGGUGUGGGGUCCACAGUGCUGAGGAAAUCAUAGUGGCAGAAGGAGGAGGUGACUGGUUACAUCCCGUCCAGUCAGGAAGGAAAAGAAAAGGAAAAGUGCCUCGCUGGCUUCCUCCUUUUCACACACUCCAAUACUUUAAUGCAUGGAACAGGUCUGCCUAUGUGUAGUGUGGGUGUCCACUUCAGCCUAGUGUAGAGGACCUCUCGAAGACAUGCCCAGGGGUUUUUUUCCAGUGAGGUUGUAGACCCUGCAAACCUAACUGUAACAUAGCCUUCACAAGCAUGAUAAACCCUCCCUGUUGUGUAUAGUAACGGUCUCAUUUUAUAGUCCACCUUUAAAACACAUCUCUACCUGGUGAAAAGUCAUCACAAGACUCCUAGGUCAUUAUAAGAAUUAAAGAUUUGAAAGAGUAAUAUAAUAUCAA